AUGCAGACAUUUUUUUCUCGUUUUGUUUUAUUUACGAUGGCCGUCGUCGCGACGAUGGCGCUGGAGACGGAGGGCCAAAAGAACGUCCAAGAACGCCCCGUUGCGCCCGAUGUUCUUGCACCAAUGAGCCCUUCUUCGCAGUGUUAUCUGAUAGGUGUCGUGAGCUUUUUUGUGUUUGCUUUGGCAGCUCUUCUCGGUGUGCGUGCACUGAUGGAAAUAGACUACAGCGACGACACGCUUCUUAUGGUGGAGGUGGCAGAGUCAGUGGACGAAAAGUGA